GUGUGUAUGUUCUGCAACCUGAAUGAGUAAGAGUGGGCACUUUUCGUUCAUGCUCUCUCUUUACUUGAGGAAAUAUGAAUGGGAUUGGAGGAUACCUCACCCUGCUUUUUCUGGCUGCGAAUAUUUCGUUUUCUUUUCAGACUCCAAAUACAGUGAACCCAUGCUGCUUCUUCCCAUGUCAGCACCAAGGAGUCUGUGUACGUUUUGAACUGGAGAGAUAUGAGUGUGACUGUACCCGCACUGGAUAUUAUGGAACAAACUGCACAAUCCCUGAAUUGUGGACUAGAGUUCUUGAAUACCUGCGUCCAAGUCCUGGAUUUUAUCACUACAUUUUAACUCGGUAUAAGUGGUUUUGGGAUUUAAUCAAUGCGACUUUCAUACGAGAUACAAUUAUGAGACUUGUUCUGAAAGUGCGAUCCAAUUUGAUACCUAGCCCCCCAACAUAUAACUCUGCAUAUGGAUAUAUUAGCUGGGAGGCAUAUUCAAAUGUCAGCUACUAUACACGAAUUCUUCCUCCUAUUGCAGAUGACUGUCCAACACCAAUGGGAACAAAAGGAAAGAUAGAACUCCCUGACGCAAACUUUAUAGUGGAGACAUUUCUGAAAAGAGAACGCUUUAUUCCAGACCCUCAGGGCAGCAAUCUUAUGUUUGCCUUCUUUGCUCAGCAUUUUACCCACCAGUUCUUUAAAACGUACGGAAGGAUGGGACGUGGCUUCACUAAAGGAUUAGGUCAUGGGGUUGACCUAAGCCACAUAUAUGGAGACACUUUGGAACGUCAGCAUAUGCUUAGACUGUUCAAAGAUGGAAAGAUGAAAUAUCAGAUAAUAAAUGGAGAUAUGUAUCCACCAACAGUGGUUGAAGCACCAGUCCACAUGAUAUAUCCCGACAAUGUGCCCAAAGAGAAGCAAUAUGCAGUCGGGCAAGAGGUAUUUGGCCUUCUACCUGGACUAAUGAUGUAUGCAACUCUUUGGCUUCGGGAACAUAACAGAGUAUGUGAUAUUUUAAAAAAAGAACAUCCCACAUGGAGCGAUGAGCAGCUGUUUCAAACAACAAGGCUUGUUCUGAUAGGUGAGACUAUCAAAAUAGUAAUUGAAGAUUAUGUGCAACAUCUCAGCGGUUAUUAUUUAAAGCUGAAGUUUGAUCCAGAACUACUGUUUGGAGUUCAGUUUCAGUACCGCAAUCGGAUUGCUGUAGAGUUCAAUCAGUUAUAUCACUGGCAUCCGCUAAUGCCAGACUCCUUUCAAAUUGUGAAAGAAAAUUACAACUACAGCAACUUUGUGUACAACACUUCGAUCCUUGCAGACUAUGGAGUAGAAGCCUUGGUGGAAUCCUUUUCAAAACAAAAGGCUGGCAAGAUAGGAGGGGGUGCAAAUAUUCACCCACAUCUUUUGAAAGUUGCUGUAGGAGUUAUCGAGGAAUCCAGAAAACUCAGAGUGCAACCAUUUAAUGAGUAUCGAAAGAGGUUCAACUUAAAGGCUUACAAAUCAUUCCAGGAUUUUACAGGGGAAGAAACUAUUUCAAAGCACCUAGAGUCCAUCUAUGGCGAUAUAGAUGCACUGGAAUUCUACCCUGGGCUUUUACUGGAAAAGACUCUGCCAAAAUCUAUUUUUGGUGAAAGUAUGAUUGAAAUAGGAGCACCAUUUUCACUUAAAGGACUUAUGGGAAAUCCGAUAUGUUCUCCAGAAUACUGGAAGCCAAGCACUUUUGGUGGUGAAACUGGGUUUAAUAUUGUAAAAACAGCUUCACUUAAGAAGCUUGUAUGCCUUAAUGUAAAGCAGUGUCCGUUUGUUUCUUUUCAUGUACCAGAUCCUGAAAAUGGAGAAACUCAAUUUUCUACUAUUAAAAUACCAGAUGAACUAUAAUUUGUGUUAUAUGGUUUUAUAUUCUGCGCUGGAAGUGGUGAAAACGUUCUUCUAUAUACAAGCUGUUUGAAACCUUGUCUUUAUUCUUACCGUAUUGAAACAAGAACUUUCACCCAUCUGUUUCCACAGUACAUUG